AUGUCGUACAAAUAUUAUCCCAUCACGGGAAUCAAAGAGGGCUGGAGCUCCGAUGGCCGGGUGCCGGUUAGGCGAAAUUUCGACGAAUGGUCUGAGAGUUCCGACCCUAAAGACAAGAUUCAGGUGAUACUAUAUCUGCUUGCUCUGAAAAGAUUCCAAGCCAUUUCGCCUGAUAAGAGAGACUCGUAUUUCCAAAUCGCAGGCAUUCAUGGAUAUCCAUAUACUUCCUGGGACGAGCCUGACACUACCACCGAGGAACAACGCCUCUACGAGAUCAUGGUAAAUGAAAUUAUACCAGAGCAUCCAAGGUAUAGAGAUGAGUAUCUAGAAGCGGCCAGAACAUGGCGGCUGCCAUUUUGGGAUUGGGCGAAGAACUCCAAAGUGCCAAAGCUGGUUCGUUGGAGGAGAGUUGAGAUCACAAUCGGAGGAAAUCCGCCCACGAUCAUAGACAAUCCUCUUAACCAAUUCAAGAUGCCAAAUGACAAGAGGAUGGGGAUAUAUGGGGUAGGAAUGUUGAAAUACCCCGAUGGUGAAGGAUUUCUUGAUUACGGAGCAUGUUAUGCCACUACUCGCUGCCCGAAGGAAGAACAGCGCCAGCCCGAUAACAAGGAUUGGAUCGAGGGCGUUAACAACGACGACGAAGUGGACAGGUUUUUGACUGAGUAUAGUUCUGUUACUGGAUUCCCCUAUGGGACUGCAUCGGAGCUAGUGUACCGAUUGUUGACGUAUCCCAUGGACUAUAUUCACUUCGCAACUCUUGCCAGAGACGAGAAUCCCAGUAGCGCAACUGCUAGUACGUCGAAAAUUACGAACGACGUUAACCUGGAGUUCAUCCACAACAAUGUUCACUACUGGGUUGGAGGGGAUGGUGGGCACAUGUCCCAAAUUCCUGUAGCAACAUUCGAUCCAACCUUCUGGCUGCAUCACUGCAAUAUCGACCGCUUGUUCGCCCUAUGGCAGUCGCUCAACCCGGAUAAAUGGUUCGAGGUGGAUAUCCAGAGAUGGUUUGAUCAGAAGAUCAUUGGGGGCGGAGACAUAGUCACUAACAAGACUCCUUUGCGCCCUUUCCACAGGGAUGAAAAGGGUACAUCCUGGACAGCGGACGACGCGCGCGACUGGUUUAAACUUGGUUAUACGUAUCCAGAGUUAAAAACUGGGAAAGAGGCCAGUGCCCAGCUGUUUGAAAUGAUAAACACGACAUACGGGAUUGCUCGACAGGAGGGAUUGAAGAUGACUGAUGUACCCAAGGGGAUGGAGAUUAUCGAUAAUGAAUAUGGCCAAGAUGCCAGUCCGGGGGGAGUGAAGAUGAAUGAUUACGCUCUUAGUAUUCGGUACUCGAAAUUUGCCUUGGGAGGCCAUCCCUUCAACAUCCAAGUCUUCUUGCGACCCGAAGGCGAGACCGAGAAAAAAUUUCGGACAGAAGACUUCGUCACCAACGUAUUCAACUUUAGCCAACCGGCAGAGCAAGAUGGAAAUGAAGUUUGUAGCAACUGCAAAGAAGGGGAAGAAAGGGAUACGCAGGCAAUAGCCUAUAUUCCUGUCACUUCGUACCUCAUCAAAAUGAUUCAGCAGCAGGAACUAUCGGAUCUCCAGCCACCUACAGUUGAGAAGGUCUUGGCUAGGAUGUAUUGGAGGAUUACAGACCUUGGUGGGAAAACAAUACCCGAGGAGCAGUGGAGAGACUCGAUGAAACUUGGCAUAACUAUUUCAAAGACAAAGAUGUCUUACUCGAAGGAUCCCCAAGUUAGGCCAGUAGUUCCGGAUCCAGAGGUGAUCCCAUCUCUUGGCACGGGUCCCAGUAGACCCGUGGCGCCUACUAGCGUCGUCGCCAACACCAUUAGCGUUGCCAAGAUCUCCAAGCUCGAAGCGGAGGUCUCCACUGGUGGCUCUAUCGUUUUCCAAUCCCCCACCAUGAAUCUCGAGGUACCGAGUAGCGAGACCGGGACUGGUAUUGCGCUGCUCUAUUGGGAUCCGUCCAGCACGGCCAAUUCUCGCGACGUCGAGAAUUACGACAUUCUCCUCGGUAUGGUGAUCAAAAAUAAGCGUCGUGUGCUGCAGUGUAAUCGCAAGCCGGCAGGUGGUGACUACGGAGUGACUGAGGAGCUUCAGCCCAGCCCUUGGUUCGGGAAUAACCCACAGCUUAGAAUCGAUAUCGAUGCCAGCCAGUUCGUGAUUUAUGUUGAUGGACGAAGAGUCAAGGCCAGCGCAGCCGGUGAUGGCGAGGGACAUUACCGCGAUGACAUAUAA